AUGGCAGGUCGUCGAGCGGUAGCACGUCGUGCUCUACAGAGCGUCUAUGUCCAACAACCUGGGGUCAGCCGGCCCAUGUUGACAAGCACACUACAACUCGGCCAAACAAUCAACACAUGCAAGCUGGGAGGCAGAAAGCUACACGUCUCUGCAAGACAGUUGAGGCCUGCUACAGCAUCAGCCCUCGCAUCCACGGCCACCGACUACCCCACCACCCAUGACCAGAUCCAACAACCCAUCGACACACAGAACUUCCUCGACAACAAGUUCAUAGCCUCCAACGCCACCCAAUGGAUCGAUCUCCACGACCCUGCCACCAACAAUCUCGUCACCCGCGUCCCUCAGUCCACCGAUGAAGAGCUCAAGGCCGCCGUCGCGUCUGCCGAGAAGGCCUUCCCUGCAUGGAAGGCUACGAGCUUGCUGCACAGACAACAGAUCAUGUUCAAGUUCGUCCAUCUGAUUAGAGAGCACUGGGACCGCCUGGCUGCCUCGAUCACUCUGGAGCAGGGCAAGACCUUUGCCGAUGCCAAGGGUGAUGUCCUGCGUGGACUUCAGGUCGCUGAGACAGCAUGCGGCAUUACGACACAGUUGACUGGCGAGGUUCUCGAGGUCGCCAAGGACAUGGAAACAAGAUCGUACAAGGAGCCUCUUGGUGUUGUCGCUGCCAUCUGCCCCUUCAACUUCCCUGCCAUGAUUCCUCUAUGGGUCAUCCCUACCGCUACCAUCACCGGCAACACAGUCGUCGUCAAGCCUUCCGAGCGCGACCCUGGUGCCAUGAUGAUCCUCUGUGAGCUUGCAGAGAAGGCUGGUUUCCCUCCUGGUGUCAUCAACGUCGUCCACGGUGCUGCAAAGACUGUCGACUUUAUGAUUGACGAACCCGCCAUCAAGGCCAUCAGCUUCGUUGGCAGCAACAAGGCUGGUGAAUACAUCUUCACCCGCGGAUCUGCCAACGGCAAGCGUGUCCAGGCCAACCUGGGUGCAAAGAACCAUGCUGCUGUCCUGCCUGACUGCAACAAGAAUGCCACCAUCAACGCCAUUGCAGGUGCUGCCUUUGGUGCCGCUGGCCAGCGAUGCAUGGCUCUGUCCACCGUCGUCUUUGUCGGCGAUACCAAGAGCUGGGUCGACGACAUUGCCGACCGUGCUAAGGCUCUUAAUGUCAAUGGUGGUUUCGAGAAGGAUGCCGAACUCGGUCCUGUCAUCAGCCCGCAGGCAAAGGAGAGAAUCGAGUCCAUGAUUGCCAGCGCCGAGAAGGAAGGUGCCACCAUUGUUCUCGAUGGCCGUGGUUUCAAGCCCGAAAAGUACCCCAAUGGCAACUUUGUCGGCCCAACCAUCAUCACAAACGUCACGAAAGACAUGACAUGCUACAAGGAAGAGAUAUUCGGUCCUGUGCUUGUCUGUCUGUCCGUUGACACGCUCGAGGAAGCUGUCGAUCUCAUCAACGCCAAUGAGUACGGAAACGGUGUCGCCAUCUUCACAAACUCGGGCUCCACAGCCGCACGCUUCCAACGCGACAUUGAAGCCGGCCAAGUCGGCAUCAACGUCCCCAUCCCCGUCCCUCUCCCCAUGUUCUCCUUUACCGGAAACAANAAGUCUGUUGCUGGCGGUGGUGCCAGCACUUUCUACGGCAAACCCGGUCUUGCCUUUUUCACUCAGACAAAGACCGUGACGAGUUUGUGGAGGAGCGAGGAUGCUAUUGCUACAAAGGCUGAGAGUGUUAUGCCUACUAUGCGUUAA